AUGGAUGAUACUAAUUUUACACAACAACGAAGUGUUCUUGAAGGUUCAACUUUUCGCCUUUCUUGUUCUGCAUAUGGUAAACUGAUUUCAUUAAGCAAUGGCACUGUUUGCCAAGCGACAAAAUGUGAACUUCAUUUGGUAAAUUAUACAAGGUAUGAUCCGAAAAUAAUCGAGUGUAUUGCUGACAAUGAAAAAUCGACUCGAAUAUCAAAAGUAGUUCAUAUUGAUGUCUAUUAUCCACCGAAAGUCACAAUUAAUGUUCGAACCUUAAUUGGUUUACGAAGUACUGAUGUUUUUCUUGAAUGUUCAUCAGAUGCAAAUCCAACUCCGUUGAUUACGUGGCUUGAUGAUAAUCGACAAGAAAUCAAUGAUUAUAAUUUUUAUACUGUGAAAACUAAUAAUCUAUCGUCAAUAUUAUCAUUUUCAGUAUUUUCAAAUGAAUAUCCAAAUGUACUCUAUUAUUGUCAAAGUAAUAAUUCAAUUGGAACAGUAGAAAAAUUAAUUGAUAUUUCAAGUUUUAUUGAUUUUAAUCUUAAAUCCGAUCAUGAAGCGACUACAGUGCGAAUAUUAACUACACAUUCGUUAAGAAGACAAAAAAUUGUAUUAUCAAGUCAUAUUCGAUCUAGACCAUCGACAAAACAAAUAACUACGACAAUAUCCUCGAAAAGUUCCAUACCUGAUUAUUCAAAUGUUCUUUUUCUAAUUUUUAUUAUUUGUAUUUUUUUUAUAUAA